AUGUUGUCUUCUUGGGAUGCUAAAUUUGAUUGUUGCAUGUGGAAAGGUGUUGUUUGCAGCAACUUAACUGGCCGAGUUCUUCAACUCAAUCUCCAAGGUAAUUAUUUAGUUGGCAAAUUAAACCCAUCUUUGCUCAACUUGAAGCAUUUGAAAUAUCUUGACCUGAGCCAAAACAACUUUGAGGAAGAAAUCCCUUCUUUCGUUGGCUUGCUCACAGGCCUCGAGUACUUGAAUCUAUCGUUCGCUGGAUUUUAUGGAAAGAUCUCCCACAAUAUUGGAAAUCUUUCAAAUUUGCACUCUCUAAGUUUGGCUAAUUCAGAACCACUGUUAGACUGUGAUAGUCUGGAAUGGAUUUCGGGACUUUCCCAACUACAGCACCUCAACAUGAAUGGUGUGAACCUCAGCAGAGCAACCAACUGGGCACAACAGGUGAUCAACAAACUUCCUUCUUUAGUCGAGCUGCAAAUGAGUGCUUGUAGUCUUCGUUUUAUUGCUGUGAAUGAUGUUAACAAUAUUAGCCGUUCUAAUUUAGCCAUUAUUGAUCUCUCUUGGAACAACUACGAUUUUCUAUCUAAUUUUGCCAACAUCCCACAAUGGAUUUUUCAACUCAGCAACCUUAUCAAUCUUGAUAUGAGUUCGAACUCAUUCCACGGCUCAAUUCCAACAAUGAGCAACACCACAAAACUCCAACACAUUGAUCUCUCCUAUAACAAUUUAAAUUCAAGCAUUCCACAGUGGAUCUACUCUUGCAAACCACUCCAGUUCUUCGAUGUAAGUCGAAAUGAACUUUCCGGAAAUAUAUCAAGAGAAAUUGCAAACCUGUGCAAUAUUCAGACCUUGAGUUUAUCUCAUAAUAAAUUGGGAGGAGAGAUAACAGAUUCGUUUGGAAACAUGUCAGAUUGUUUCUUAGGAUCUUUGAUAUCUUUAGAUUUGUCAGAGAAUCAAAUCUCCGGUCAUCUGCCUCACCAAUUUGGAGAAUUUACACGUCUUCGAUCCAUUUAUCUUGAAGAUAACUCAUUAUCCGGUGUAAUUCCACAUGAAUUAGGGAAUUUGCUUUCCCUUGAAGUUUUAAAAUUGUACGAAAACAAAUUGACAGGGAACUUACCAGAGAGUAUUGGGAAACUUGUGAACUUGAGAGUGCUUCAGAUAGAGAAUAACAUGUUGGAAGGGGUUGUGACUGAAACCCACUUUGCCAAUCUCUCAAAUUUAAAAAUCUUGGGUGCAUCUGGAAACCACUUGAGUUUGAAAGUCAACCACAACUGGAUUCCACCAUUCAAACUACUGACGCUAAGUCUAAGGUCUUGGGACUUGGGAUCUCGAAUCCCAUUAUGGCUUGAGACUCAGAAAGAGAGUAUCUUCACACUUGACUUAUCGUGUACUAGAAUCUAUGGAAACGUUCCCAGCUGGUUAUGGAGUUUGAGUUUUGCAUAUCUCAACCUUUCGCAUAACCAACUCGACGGAAAGCUUUUAUCCAUUAGUGAUCGUGGACAGUAUUAUGAUUCUUUGGACUUGAGUUCCAACAGGUUUAGUGGUCCACUGCCUCCAAUUGGGGAAAAUGUGGGUUACCUUGAUCUCUCCCAUAACUCGUUCUCGGGACAUCUGUCAAAAUUUCUCUGCAACACAUCAAUCAAUAUUGGAAUGGGAUUUCUCAAACUCGAAGAAAACCACCUGUCUGGUGAGUUACCCGAUUGUUUUCUGAAAUGGCAAUCAUUGAUAGUGUUGAACUUAGGCAACAAUGAAUUAUCCGGAAGAAUACCAGAUUCCAUGGGAUUUCUAUCAAGUUUAGAGUUCUUGAAUCUAUACGGCAACAAUUUCUCUGGCCACGUACCUUCUUCACUGAAAAACUGCACGGAACUAAGAAAGAUCGACUUCUCUCAUAACAAUCUUGGUGGGGACAUACAGAAAUGGAUUAAGACAAGAUUUUAUACGCUGGCAAUUCUCAUUUUGCGAUCGAACAAUUUUAGUGGAGAAAUCACCCCAUCCAUAUGCCAGCUAAGAUCUCUACAAAUCUUGGAUCUCUCUCAUAAUAGGCUUUCCGGGAUAAUACCUACCUGCCUCAACAACCUUACUGCAAUUACCACAAAAAGAUUUUUAACAUAUCUUUUUGAUAUCAAUGGGGCGUCUUCUUGGAGUGCAUCAAUUGCAGCAAAAGGAAGAGAACUCACCUACAGUACUACUCUUUCUUUGGUUACCAGUAUUGACCUUUCAAACAACAUCUUGUCUGGUGCCAUCCCAAGAGAGGUAACAAGUCUGGUGGAACUCAGAAUACUGAACCUGUCGCGAAAUCAUUUAACAGGAUCCAUCCCAGACAACAUUGGAAACAUGAAGCAACUCGAAUCUCUUGAUUUUUCAAUGAACUCAUUAUUGGGUGAGAUUCCAAGUAGCAUCACAACCAUGUCUUUUUUGAGUAGCUUCAAUUUGUCAUAUAACCACUUGACAGGAAGAAUCCCAGAAAGCACCCAGAUUCGAGGAUUGAAUGAGUCGAGCUUCAUCGGCAACAAUCUCUGUGGCCCUCCACUUACAAUAUCUUGCGGAAAUGACGAUAAAGCCCUCGAUCCAAUGCAUGCAGAGAAUCUAGGCCGAGAAGGUAAUAAACGAGAGAUUGAUUGGUUUUACGUAUUCCUAUCUUUAGGGUACGCCGUCGGGCUUUCGGCUGUCCUCACGACAUUGUAUUUUAAUAAGAAAUGUAGAGAACUGUGUUAUGCUCUCUUUCAGAAGUUAUGGGACAAUGUAUGUGUAUUUUGUUAUCAAGUGGAGAAGGUUACAAGAGUGUUGGACUGA